GGGGCAGUCACGUGGCUACUUGUGGGUGGGGGGAGUUUGUUGGUGUGAGGGCGAGUGGAGGGAGUGGAUUGAGGUGCGGAGCGAGAGAGACACAGAGAGAAGACUGCCCCGGCGAUGUCGGCCUGCUCUUGGGCCGAAGCCUCGGGCUCGCCUAGCGGGGCUGCCGGGAGAGGCGCGCCUCGAGGCGGCCAGCGCAGUAGGCCGCAGGCGCCCUCCCGCCGCGGGCUCGUCGAGGAGAGCGACUGGGCGUGCCCCAUCUGUUUGGACACGAUAGAAGAGCCGUACAUGACCAAGUGUGGCCACAGCUUCUGUUGCAAAUGCAUCCGUCGGAGUCUGGAGGAGAACAAUAGCUGCCCAAAGUGCAGUUCCGCCAUUAAGAAUUCAAAGCAGAUAUAUCCAAACUUCCUCUUGAACGAGCUGGUCCUGAAGCAGCGUCAGCGGCUAGAGAAUCGAAUCGAGAUGGAACAACCGAGCGUCCAUCAGCGGCAGACUAUCCAGGAGUUGCUGGCGCUGGACCGAGAUGGCUUGGAGCUGGCCGACGUGAACCGCAUUCUGGAGCUGCUCACUCAGAAGAAGAUGCAGCUGGAAGCGACUCCACCUUUGCUCGCACCGGUGACAGUGGCCAAGUCGCCUUACAAGGGCGGCAUCCCCAAGCCCCUUGUCACGGGGGAGGUCGUGAAGAAAAAGCGAAAAGUUUUGCAUCUGUCGGACUCUGAGGGCUCGGACAGCAUGGAUUUUACGGUCGACGAAGAGCUGCUCGCAAGUGUGUCGGGCGUGAUGCCGUCCAAGCGAACUGAACAGGCCAGGGCAGCAGGCAAGAUGAGAUCUGCCGUCGUUGUCACGAGUGUCAAGACGGCGAUUGAGAUCUCAAGAAAAAACACGUUGACAGCAAAGAUCAAACAAGGGAAGAUGGUCUCUGCAUCACCUUCCAUCAAGCUUCCUGCAAAACGGCGACACUCACCCUUUGACUGGUUUGAGGGUCCAGAUGUCGACACCACUUCUGAAUCGGAGGAUUAAAAGAGAAUCGGAGUUUGUUUUGAGCGACGUUGUU